AUGGUAGAGGGAUUACCUUUGGUACCGCACGCCAGCACGGGCACACUCCUGCAGGACGCAGUGGAUAAUAUAUUGUCGAGUUCCCACGAUAUUAUUAAAUCCACGCUGCGUCUCAGUGACAGUGGAGUCGACGACGUUUCCUCUCUUGAGGAGCUUGUCGCCACGCAGCUGCCUCGCAAGACCAGCAGAAUGCUCAUGCACGGGAGAUUUGACACCACCACUGACAUUUUUCAAACUUAUCUUGAGGAUUGUCGCGAUGUGCUGCGCAUGGUCGACAACGAACGCUGCUUCUUCCGUGAGAAGGCGCUUAAAAUGCAAAACGCACUAGAGGAGGAAAGCAACGAGGCAAAGCACUUGCGUUUGCAGCUUAUUGAGUCGCAGCGGGAACUUCGUAAGGCUCAGCGGAGUGCCAUAGCUGCUAAAAAAAGGGAGCAUGAGAUGGCGGAGUCCUUGGCUGCCGCCACGGAGGAGCAGAUGCGCCUGCGCCGGCUUGUGCGUGCCAUGCCGAGAUUAAAGGAAGAACUUCUUCUUUUGGUUCCGGAUCGGCGGUUUGAGGAGGCCUUUCGCGACAAGAUGUGUUCGAUCAAGUACAAGCGUUGCUACCAUCGAGCACGCGAGUUGUACGAACAACGAUCAGAGCGUGUGGAGAGGAAUCAAAUGGCAAUGGAAGAUAGCUUUGUGGAGGGGCUGACGUUGGGGGAUUUAGCAACCAGCCUCGGCAGCACCCAGUUUGGCGGAUCUUUCACGCUCACGAGCAUCUCAUCGUUUCCCAGGGCCUCUAACAGUUUGUCGUCACAGCCGUUGCUUGACAGCGGAGUGAAGGAUCUUGUGCAGCUUCCGUUUCAGCUGCCCUUUUCCCAUGUCACGGAAAAGGACGGUUACAUUAAGAAACAGGUUCAAAGAUCAGUGUACAAGGUACCACUACAAAAGUUUCGUGAGGGAAUUGUUCGGUUGAGCCUUUUGAUCAAGCGAACGCAGGACGUUGGGCUUCGUAAUUUGUACGGUGUGAUGCUCGAGUCUUUUCGGGCCGGUGCCUCUGCAUCGCCGUCCUUCCUCGCCGACCCCAGAAAGCCCUUUGAAGCGGCAAUUACGAAAUUACAGGCCUCGCAUCUUCAGUUGUUGUACAAACUUUUGGAGCUGGCAGAUUCCUCUGUGCUUAUGUUGCUGAAAAAUGAGGCUGAGAAUAACAAAAGACCUCCUGUUUCUACACGCGACGUUGGAUGUUGUGUGUACCUCACUGCUCCUAUGGACUUGCAGAUUGCUAGCCUUGAGCCGAAAUUUGAUAUGCGGAGUCGCAGGUCUGCAUCGGAUAUGGCAGAAUUCGUUCUCACCAAUUCCCACGUGAAUGCAAACUACAAGGAGAUGCGUAAAAAGGCCGAAACAACAUUACAACAGUUGUUGGCUUUGCACGGUGCCUUGCAGCGGACUCUACAGACUGUGCAAUCGCAUUGCCACUUGGAUGAAGAGAAAUCGAACGAUUUGUUUGAGGAACUUUUCCUUACGGAAACCGAUGCCGCUUUGGAGGAUCCACGAUAUGAGACAAAAAUAGCUGGGGCUGUUGAGGCAGAUUUGAAGCAGAGUGCUCAGCUUGCUGACUCUUUGUUGCGGGCCACGAAACACGUAUCAGCCCCACAAAAAGAGGAGAAUAAAUCCCCUGAAACUACGGGGGCGACUCUGAGAAAGCGGCAGCUGGAACAUAAAGAAAUCUCCCGGUCACUUUCUCUUCCCCAAGGCGGCAGCGUUGUGUCUCGAAAGUCAAUAGGCUUGUUAACUGCGAAGCGCUCCGCCUCCUCCAAGAAAGGGCCGAGUUCCCCUCAAAGUGUUGGGGGCACCGAGGAUUCAGGCAUCCUUGUCGUGACACGGAGCACCGUGGUGGAAGCGAUGAAGGAGAUACCAAAGGCGCAGCCCAACGCUAUUAUGGGUGGUUCUGGGAACCCGAACUCCGAUGGUCGCCCGAAACGAACUUCUACACUUUCCUUCUCUAAAGCAAAAUUCUCCACUGCACCCGGCCAGCUGUCGGGUUCCCAGAAGUUGGUGCCACACGCCCUUUCCCAGGUACAUCUCCCGCCGUUAGAGCCAUCGCGGGUGAGCAGCAGUGACACCGUACGACGACCAGAGACCACCAGAUAG